GCGCCCGAUGUAUGGGUGAUAUGCUGUGGUGGCAGCAGGGUGAAGGACAGCCAUAUUUGCUGGUGCAGCCCGAGGUGGAGACAACAAAAAGUGCGCAGGCCGAACUUAACCGUGCACAUGGCCACCACUGCCCUCAAUGCCGGAGGUGUCCACUCACCAUCUACUAGCAUGGCGACUUUCUCUCAGUAUCACCAGCUGCUGAGUGACUAUGGACCUCCAUCGCUAGGCUACACCCAGGGAACUGGAAAUAGCCAAGUGCCUCAGAGUAAAUAUGCAGAGCUGCUGGCCAUUAUCGGAGAGCUGGGGAAAGAGAUCAGACCCACAUAUGCAGGGAGCAAGAGAGCCUUGGAGAGGCUAAAAGGAGGCAUCAUUCAUGCCCGAAGCCUGGUUCGGGAGUGCUUGGCUGAAAUGGAAUGUAAUGCCAGGUCCUAG